CGCGUUUAGAGACCUUGAAACCCGUGACGACAGGAGCAUCUUACGCAAUGGCUCUCGGAAAAAAGGCCUAUCCGAAAUCCACGGUGAAGAAAAUCAUCAAGGCGCAUUCUGAUUUAGAUUUAAAGAAGAAUGCGGACGUGACGAUUUUCCUUGAUUAUGUCCUUUUUAUGGAAGCACUUAUUAAAGAGGCGGCAAUUCACGCCAAGCAGUCUGGCGAGCGUGGCCUAACCGCACGAAGCGUUCGCAAAGUGACACGAGAUACACUCGCCAAGUUCAAGGGCUGAUACUCAAGCAUCGAGUUUCACGAUUUACCCAACAUUCACAGCAGCGACAAUCCGCUACGGUUCGAGCCACUAGCUACUCCCGGCCGGUAUUAAAAAACAAGUCGCAGUAACUAUGCGCUUUGGUAUCUAGAUACAAGGACAUUUGCCAACGGUGGGAAAUUCUCCCAUGCUUCCGGCGGCAACCUGCAGCAUUUGCUGGCACGUCACUACACCAUGACCGUGGCCAUGGCCAAACGGCAGGCUACGGCCGCUGAGCACGAGACCAGCUCCACAGGUCGCGGCAAGGGCACGGUUUGUUUGCUGGCCAUCGCAGCAAACGGGCCACGACAGGCAAACCCUCAUAGCGGAUUGAGAGGAGGAAAUGCAAGAUACAAGAAAUUAAACCAUUGUGCAAUUAUUAAGAGUAUAAUUGAAUAAAUUGAUAAUAAAAAAUAUUGCCCAACCGCG